AUGGGUUCCAUCACAGGCCACAGUGUUAAUACUAGUACUGUGAAUGAUUUCACUAACUUUGAUGCUAUUUUGGACACCGCGGCUGAGCUUUAUGGCAUCAAACGUGAAACCGUCCAAGGAGUAAUCCAGCUGAAAAGAGAGAUCUCGGCAAACACAGAGCUCUUGGCGUGUGUGCAAGUCCAGUUGAAGAGCACCAUGAGCACACUUCAUGCAAUGGGUCUCUUUCAACGUAACCUGCAUCAAGCCGGGGCCAUGGUUCUUCUCAUCUCGCGAGAUGAGGCUGUCCGUGUGGAGACCCUGGAGAGGAUUGAGUCCAUGAGUUGGAACUUCAUCUGCAGGCGCGCACUGGACAGUUUCAAGUGGGUAUGCCGCGAGCAUGACCAGCUGACUGUGAUAGAUGACCUUCGCCGGAGGAAACAUGAUCUCGAGGACAUGGUCAGCAGGAUCAAAACCAGGACCAACGCAUGGAACAUAGCCCAGUGGAUUGCCAAGUUCGGAGUCACUGUGCUCUCUGUGCUGAUCCCGGUGGCAGCAGGGGUGCAACCAGCUGCCACCGCCGCUAACAACGGAGCCGGCGGAAUGAUUGGGCUUCUUCAGCCGUUGGUUGACUCCCAUCUGGCUGGUCAACAGAGGUCGUGCGAGGUUGAGAUAGACCUCAAUGAAAAGAUUUUGAAUGAAGCUUGCUUCAUUUUUCAUAGGGUCAACAGCACCCAAGUUCUUGUGGAGCUGUUGGAGGAUCAGAUGGGUUUGUUGGCUCGGCAUGCCGAGUUCCUUGUUGUCGCUGGGGACGAUGAGGAUAUGACUGUGAGCAUGGCCAUGGAGCAUAUCAAACACAAGGCCGAAGACUUGGUGGUUACAAUUGAGAGAUUGGAAAAGGAGGUUGAUCGCAGCAGCGAGGAUCUCCGCAGGGCUGCGUUGACUCUACUUCAGACAGUCACUGACCAGGUUGAAAACUACUGAGAUGUGCAGGCUGGGAUUUCCAAUUAGU